AUGAAAGUCGCUUUCUUGAUCCAAGAGUUCAUGCGUGCUUUCAAGGAAGAGAUGGAGAUAACCGAGAAGCUGGAGAAAAUUAAGAAGGCUAUUGAAGGGUCUGUUGAUGUUUGGACCUUGUGGGGAGCUGUGAACUUAGACACCGUCUAUGUUAAAGUUAGUAAGCUGAUACCGAAGUUAGGGUUUGUAUCAGAGGAUGCUGAAAGGCUUGUGGAUUCGUUUAGCGGUGGAUAG